AUGAGUUCUCGACCGACGAGUGGGAGACAGGCCUCUGGAGAGCGGCCACCGGCUGAAACGCCUCAGUCGCAGACAAUGUCCACGAUCCCCCCCACCUCGCUCUCCAAUCCUGAGCCUGUGCCAAUUGAAAAGGCGGACGUCCACGAGUCUGAGACUACAAUCCCGAAUGUAUCUCAGAAACAAACUCCCCCUACGCUCCAGACGACUGAGUCCACUCAGAAUGAAGCCGACGUCCAAAUGAACCAAGUCUCUAGUGUUGCCGACGGGAGUGCAGAGACGCAACCUUCAAGCAAUAAAGUUCGCUGGACCAUCCCAGGCUUGCCAAGAGACUCAAUUAGAUCGUCCCGCACACUCCAAUUGCCUGUUCGGCGGUUUGGCAGCCGGGACGGCAAUGCGUCGAUGCGAAAUGACCCAUCGCACGGUGUCCGAGAGACUCUUCAGGGCAAGAAGUCGAAAUGGCUCGCUGAGUUGUGCAAGAAUCUCAAGUGA